AUGGCUGAUUGUUGUGGAUUUAUGGCUGAGAUUGAUGAAAAUGGAGUUUUGGGGUUUUCGGGGUUUUGGGUUUUUGAAGAAAUUUUCGAACUUGGUGAGUUGUUGCUGGAUAUCACGCCGGGCGUAGUUCUUCGCGUCGGGCGUGUGACCACCAGAGGGCUCCUUUGGGCAAGCCACCGAGCGCAAGGAGGUAUGCGUCGGGAGAAGAGGUUGGCAUAUGCUGUUUACAUGCUGGUUGGGGAGGCUGAGCAUUGGUGGAGAGGUACCCAUCACAUGCUGACUGCUAGAGGUGUUGUAGUGGACUGGGAGUGCUUUAGGAGGGUGUUUCUGGAGAAGUACUUUCCGGAGAGCGUGAGGCACGCCAAGGAGGCUGAGUUCAUGCGGUUACACCAGGGUGGGCUGAAGUUUGCUGAGGGGUUAAAGCAAGAGUUGAAGAGGGUGGUGGUGCCUAUGGCCAUCACUGAGUUUCUGGCCUUGUUGGAGAAGGCGAAAGUUGUUGAGCGGUUGGAAGGUGGCAACCGUGUGAUGAAAUCUGCUGAGGGACCAGCUGGGCAACCUACUGAUGCUGCUAGAGGAGGGAGACAGGGUGGAGGUGCCACUCUCAGAUGCUACAGGUGUGCUGGACCCCAUUUUGUCAGGGAUUGUCCACACACGGAGAGCCGGUGUUUCAGGUGCCAUCAGAUGGGUCAUGAGUCGACCAACUAUCCCGCCAGAAACAGACUGGAGAGAGAUGCUCAAAGGAGUGGUGCUCAGAGGGGCGAUGCUCAGAGGGGUGAUAGACCCACUAUUGUUGGGAGAGUGUACGCUUUGACUGGGGCUGAAGCUUCAACUUCUUCUGAUCUU